UUUCUUUCCUCAGCCAUGUCUCAGGCCGUGCAGACCAAUGGGACGCAGCCUCUGAGCAAGACCUGGGAGCUCAGUCUGUAUGAGCUGCAGAGAACACCCCAGGAAGCCAUCACAGAUGGCCUGGAGAUCGUGGUGUCCCCCCGGAGCCUGCACAGUGAGCUCAUGUGUCCCAUCUGCCUGGACAUGCUCAAGAACACCAUGACCACGAAGGAGUGUCUGCAUCGCUUCUGUGCUGACUGCAUCAUCACUGCCCUCAGGAGCGGCAACAAAGAAUGUCCCACAUGUCGCAAAAAGCUCGUUUCAAAAAGAUCCCUGCGGCCAGACCCCAAUUUUGAUGCUCUCAUCAGUAAGAUUUACCCGAGCCGGGAUGAGUAUGAAGCUCAUCAGGAGAGGGUGCUGGCCAGGAUCAGCAAGCACAACAACCAGCAAGCCCUGAGUCACAGUAUCGAGGAGGGAUUAAAGAUUCAGGCUAUGAACAGGUUGCAGCGGGGCAAGAAGCAGCAGAUUGAGAAUGGCAGCGGGGCCGAGGACAAUGGUGACAGCUCCCAUUGCAGCAACGCCUCCACACACAGCAACCAGGAAGCAGGGCCUAGCAACAAGAGGACCAAAACCUCAGAUGACUCUGGGCUGGAGCUGGACAACACCACCACCACUGUGGCCAUAGAUCCCGUGAUGGACGGGGCCAGUGAGAUCGAGCUGGUGUUCAGGCCUCACCCCACCCUCAUGGAGAAUGAUGACAGUGCGCAGACGAGGUACAUCAAGACCUCAGGCAAUGCCACGGUUGAUCACCUGUCCAAGUACCUGGCAGUGAGACUGGCCCUGGAGGAGCUGCGGAGCAAAGGUGAAUCCAACCAGAUGAACCUGGACACUGCCAGUGAGAAGCAGUACACCAUCUACAUCGCCACUGCCACCGGCCAGUUCACUGUGCUAAAUGGGUCCUUUUCCCUGGAACUGGUCAGUGAGAAAUACUGGAAAGUGAACAAACCCAUGGAACUGUACUAUGCCCCCACCAAGGAGCACAAAUAAGUGCUGGGUAACUGGGAUGGAACUAACUCUUUUUAUAGCUAUGACUUCUUUAAUAUUAAAAUAAGGCAUCACCAGUAUCUUCAUGGACAACACAUGUGGUGCCUUCAGGCACUCUCAGUAUACUCAGUAAUGACUAGACAGUAUUCUGAGCUGUAUUUAAUUUAGUCUUUGGGUUGAGUUAUUUGGUUUUUACCUAGGAGACUAAAUGACCUUCUCCAGUGCAUUCCAGUGUUUGAGAUGCUUUUUUGUUCCUAAUGCAUGAUAUCUGAUCCAGUGUUCCGGUUUGGAAUGGCUUUGUUUUGUCCAGGUAAAUCUGGAUUUCUGCUCCAUCAGACACAGUUAUAGUAGCCUCUGUGAAGUGUAGAGUGUUGGAUGGCCAAGGAAGACUGUUCAAUAGUAGCAUAGGCCAAGGAAUAUGUUAAAUGUUGGAAUUUGGUGACUGUUAUCCAUCUGAAGAACUGAUUGGUAGAGAAUGGAUUUGGGAUAGUCUUGCAGCUAGAGGUAAUCUGAUUCCCUAGGAGAAGUUCAUUAAGACGUUUUCUUGUGAACAAACGUGAAUUUUGCAUCUUGUGGGAGGUAUUGCUGCCCAUGGUAGGGGCUUGGACCAAGAUGGUGUUUAAGGUUCCUUCGAAGUCCAGCCAUCCUGGGAUUCUGGGAUUCUAAGAAGAGCUGCAGUGAGAAAACUGACACUUUAAAACUUUGCUAUUUACAGGGCUUAAUUUAAUAUUUUAGU